UAUUGAAUCAAAAUAUAGCUUUUCAAAUUUAUUCAGAAUUAAUUUUAACUUUCGACAGCGCAACGCAGAGUAGAAAGUAGCGCAAAAAGUGUCGUUGACCUCGUCAUAUAGAUAUUAGAUAUUGGGUUUUGCGGUAAGUUCGUUGAAACGAAAGAGAGGGGAAUCUGAGCUGGCCUGACCCUGGGUUUUACUGUACCAAUGGCUAUUUCGCAUACUUUAGGGACUGACUCACUUGUUAGUCAUGCCUUCAAUAGAGAUGGUACAGAACUCGCCCUUUCUGUCAAUACUAGUGACGUUUACUUGUUGAGUGUUCCGGAAUCACCCAGUGGAAGGUUCCAGGUUAUCGAUGUCCUACGGGAACAUAGUGCUUUGGUUACAAGUAUAGACUGGGCACCACAGACAAAUAGGAUUGUUUCAUGUUCUGCUGAUCGUAAUGCCUACGUGUGGAAUAAGCAGUCAGAUAAUAAAUGGAAGCCAACACUGGUUUUGCUCAUGGUACGUUGUAUCUAACAAGUUCUGUAUUUCCGUCAAAUUUAUUGUCAAGAUCGAUAGAGCUGCAGUGUGCGUAAAGUGGUCUCCAUUAGAGGACCGUUUUGCUGUGGGUAGUGGUUCCAAACUUUUGGCAGUGUGUUGGUUUGACGAAGAAAGUGAUUGGUGGAUUGGCAAAAAGAUUAAAAAGCCUAUAAGAUCUACCGUCACGUGUAUUGAUUGGCAUCCAAAUAAUGUUCUUCUAGCUUGUGGGUCAAGCGAUUUUCAUGCGAGAAUAUUCUCAGCCUUCACAAGCUCUGGCCCUUCGGAAUCAGUGUGGGGCAAACACACCCCUUUGGGUGCCGUGCUUUUUGACUAUUCGGAUGGGGAAGGUGAGUGGUUUUUUUAUUAUAUUUGAAAUAUAUGUACAUUUUUGGAGUACUUCCCAACUGAUGUGGUUGCCUCAUUUUAAUGCGAAAUGUUUGGAAAGUAAAUGAUAAUGAUGGAAACAAGUCAUGGACCAUUCAUUCUGAUGUUUACUGGUAAGUUUAUCGUCAUUAUCUUUGGUCUAAUUUCAGUCACGGAGUCACAUGUUAUGUGGGACGUAAGUUCUCGUAGUAUUACUCAAACAGAUAGCUUCGAUGUUACAGGCAAUAAAAUAGACGGGACGUUAUCUCGCGACAAUCAGGAGUAUCAUUUAAUAAUAUGAUGGUUAUAUGAUUUUUUUAGUCCUUGUGACAGCAUGUGAAGACCGCAGUUGCUACCUUGACAUAUUGGUCGGGCUUGCCUAUCUAAAUGGCGCAACCAAGCUGUAUUGGGACACGUUGUUUUAGGUCCUAUCAUGCCAAGCAAGCUGGUUUCAGAACAGCAAGACAAAUCAACAAAGUCUGAGAGCGAAGUCGCACUGUUGGUGUUGAUAGAUGUGACAGUAGUAAGGUGAUCCUCUCAAACAACCAGCAUCUGCAGUAAUGCUGCCUCACAAAGAAAGGAGGGGGUUAGCAGAUUUUCAUCGACGGAUGUUGAGUAUCUUGCAUAGCUAGCUGUUAAUAAGUGCCUGUGCUGUUUGAUUAUGGUUUCAGUCUCGGCUCCGUACAGUAGGACUGUCUUGACGUUCGUAUUGAAGAUUCUGACUUUGAUAUUGGUUGGCAGUUGUUCUGAGUUCACUAAACUAUUCAAUUGUAGGAAUAUUAUACUUGCUUCACCAAUCUAUGACUUUACAUCUGCGUCAGAUCCUCCUCGUUUAUCGGUGAUGUUGUCCAGAUACGUAAAACUUUCCACCUGUUCCAGAACUUCGUGAUUGUACUUUCCCCGUUUUGAAUAUUGAGGUCUACUGAUAUAGGGGCUGCAGGUAUAUUGGCUGUUUUUACCUGCAUUUGUUACUGUGUAUGGGUUAGAAGAGAUAAGUCAUGUGCAAAGUCUAAAUCAUCUAGUUGUAUCCAAGCUGUCGAUUGUGUCAUAUGCUUCCCCUGAGAUGUGGAGGUCUUCAUGAUUCGGUCAACCACCAAAAGAAAAAAGGUGAAGGUAAGCAGCCUUGUCUGACAAUGGUCUUCACUUGAAGUGCAUCUGUGAGCUGAUCACCAUGCACAACUAUUCAAUGCAGUCGGUCGUAUGAAUUCCAUGUGAUGAUGAUAUUCUGGAGUACACCAUAGUGUCGAAUAAAGUUCCAUACUUUUUCCUAUAUGCGCUGUCAAACGUACCUCAUAGUUAGGGAUGUUGGUGCAUAAUGAAGAGCUCGGUCAACAAUGAUCCAUAGUGUUGCGUUUUGGUCGGUACACGACUGAUCUUUAUGCAAUCCAGCCUACUGGUCCCGAAAUUGGAUGUCUUUGAAUCUCUCAUCCGGUUCAACAACACUGUUGAAAACCUCUCCUGAUACUGACAGUAUUGUGAUUCCCUUGUUGUCCUCACAUUUGCUCAGAUCUCCUAUAUGUGGUAUCUUGUUGAGAUAUUCUCGAGUACACCAUAGAGUCAAAGGUUUUUUCUAUCCAUCCUGUCAAAUGCUUUGUCAUAAUCAAAGAAGUUGGUGCAGUGACUACUUCCAUUCAGUUGAUUGUUCGACAAUGAUCCGUAGUGUCGCGAUUCGGACAGAACAUGAUCGAACCUUACGAAACUCAACAUGUUGAUUUUGAACUUAAACAUCUACCAAAUCUUUUACUCGGUUUAGUAACACUGUUGGAAACUUUGCUUGUCACUGAGAGUAGCGUGAUACUUCUGUAGUUUGCGCACUUACCAAAAUCUACUUUCGGUAUAUUGAUGAGUUAUCCCACUUCCCAGUCUGUUCGUACUUGUACCUCCUCCCAAAUCGACCACAUAUUAGCCAUUCGUCAGAUUUUAGAGCACAGAUAUGCUUAUCGGCGUCCGACGAUUAUUGUUCUUGACCUAAAAGCAGCAUUUGACUCUGCUGACCGAGAGGUUCUGUGGCAGUGUCUGUAAUUCGAAUGUACACCUCAGAAGUACAUAAACCUUAUGAAGGCUCUUUACUUGAACACUACUAGUCGAGUCAGAGCUUAUGGCAAACUGUCAUCUGAUUUUGCAACCUCAAGUGAUGUCAGGCAAGGCUGUCUACUAUCUCCAUUUUUGUUCAACUUUAUCAUAGACCUACUGCUGGAAAUAACGCUCUCAUCGACUGAAUUUUCAGGAAUCGAUCUGCUACCAGGAGGUCCACUUAUCGACCUAGAAUACGCAGAUGACAUAGUCGUGUUUGGAGAUGUUGAUAAAAUGCAGUCUUUUGAUAGGGCACAGCAACAAUACCAGGAUGUUUGUGAUGUGCUUCUCCCCCUCUAAAUGCAAGCUGUUGCUUCAAGACUGGCCUGCAUCAACGCCUGAACUAAGGAUAGGGAGUGAAUUAAUCGAACGUGUUGACAACUUCACCUAUCUUGGAAGUCCGAUCAACCCUAAUAGGUUGGUGUCUGAGGAAUUCUGUGCACGGAUUCGAAAAGCUCGUUUGGCUUUUGCCAACUUACGUCAACUAUGGCGAAGGCGAGAAUUCCGUCUAUCAACUAAGGGACAAGUAUACUGCGCGGCAGUUCGUUCUGUUCUACUUUACAACUGCGAAACGUGGCCUUUAAGAGUAGAAGACACUCGUAAACUACUAGUAUUUGACCACAUAUGUCUUAGAAGUAUUGCUGGCAUCUGCUGGGAUCACCGGGUAAGUAAUAGUGAGGCUGGACGCAGGGUAUUGGGGCGUGAUGGUAAAUCAGUUGAUGAGGUUGUGAAUCUUCAUGGACUGAGAUGUUUGGGCCACGUGUUGUGUAUGCCUGGACACCGAUUACCACGACGCGCAAUAAUGACUAGUGUUGAGGAUGGUUGGAAGGAAGUUAGGAGCGGCUAGACCAAAACGUAGCAUCAGUGCUUGACGUCAAUAACUUCUAGUCUGAGUCAUGUUAGUAGAUGCGAACUACUCGGUUGGGGUCCGCUUGACUAUCGUAACCAAUGGUUGGAGACUCUGUGUGACAUGGUUCAGAAUCGAUCACAAUGGCGUAGGUGUAUAUACUCUCUGUCUUCCCUUGAACAAUGAGAUUAAAAUUGCUCCAUAGUUUUCUUUCGACCAACUAAUUCUUUCUUCCUGUACUAUAACCUUAUAUGCAAUCUUUCUUUCAUAUAUUACCACCAUUGAAUUAACUACUUCAAUGUAUUUGGUGUUCAUCUUGUUGUGCUAAUGAGGCAUAGCAGCUUGGACCGAUGCAUAUAUAUGUCUGGUCCUAUGUUGUAGCUGACUGACUGACUCCUCCCAAAUGUUUAUAGAGAAAACGUGAAACAUCUUUGUAGUUACCAUCGUAUCUAACUGCAGUGUUUAGCUGGUGUGUUGUCUGAUCCAUUGUUGAUUUAUCUGACGGCCUUGUAGAUCUCUUCGAUUACCGUUGAGUAUGAUCUAUGGAGAGGUGUUCUGUGUGUGCUGCUUGGACAUCCGUUGAGUUCAUUGAGACUGGUCUAUUCAAUAGCUCUUCACAUUGCUCCACUCACCUGUUUAGCUUUUCUUGAAUCUCAGUGACUGCUUUGUCUUCUUUAUCCUUGAAUGGUCACUCUAGUUUACAAUAUUUUCAUACUAGUUUAUUCGUCGUAUCAUAUAGUCGUUUCGUAUUUCUUCCUACAACUUUUUCUGUUGUCAUUGCUAGAUCUUGUACGUAUUUCCGCUUGUCGGCUCCAAUGCUCCUCGUCACUUUCUUGUUUGCUUCUGUGCAUUCGGCGUGUGCCUUGGUUUCAUCUGUCCUUGUUCUUCCUUUUUAAAGAUUGCCUUUGGUAUCAAUAGAGACCUAUUGUUUGUGAUGGUGCUUCUUGCGGCUCAGAACCUCAUGACAUUUUUAGUGUUAAUGCUUCUUUAACCACUUUCCAGUUUUUCAUGGUAGCUUUCUUUUCCUUAUGUUGAUUUUUGUAAGGCUUGGAGCUUGUUCCUGAGAACUGUCUUAAAUUCGUUGAGUUUGUUACUAUUUCAAAGAAAGAGUAUGAAAAUUUUGAAAUUCUUUUCCAGUGGUUCUAUAGCUUCAGUUUCAUCUUGGCCGCAUCUACGUGGUGGUCUAAAGCUAUCUCAGCUCCUCUCCUGGUUCUCACGUCUUCCACUAAUUUUCUGAAUUUGUUAUUGAUGCAAAUAUGGUCGACCUGCUUCUCUGUAGUGUGGCCCCUUGAGACCCAUGUAGCUUUAUGUAUGCAUUUAUGGGUUAGUUAGUGCCAGUUAUAACCGUUUUGGUGAAGGCACAUAAAUUUGCAAAUCUGUCACCAUUCUCGUUCCUUUCUCCCAGUCUAUGUCGUCCCAUGAUAUCUUCAUACGCGACUUUGUCCAUUUCGACUUUGAUGGUUAGGUCUCCCACCAGGAUUGUCAGGUCUUUUUCUGAACACUACGAUCGACUGUAGCCUGAUAAAAUUUAUCUUUAUCGUCUUCGUUGCUUUCAUUGAUGCGUGCUUAACUCUGGGUAACAGUCAUUGUAAUCCCUUCGUUCUUUGUUUUGAAGAAUGCCUUGAUGAUUCUGGAUCCAUGAGAUUCCUACCAUAUAUGUGCUUUUUGUGCUUCUUGUUUGAGCGAAUGAUUAUUUUCUUCAUUUCCAAGGUACAACAGAACGUCUCCCGAAUCUAUUAUUUUCUGUCCAACUUGUGUACAAUGGGUUUUACUUAUUCCGAACACCACCAGAUCCUGUCUUCUCAUCUUUGCAGCUAUCUGACUUCUCUCGAUCUCCCCCAUCAUCCGGACAUUCCAUGUACCUAUAUUAAUUGUUGCUCUGAUUGUUUAAAGGGUCAUUGGCUUUCACCAUGAGGGGUCGUAACUCUUCUAAAUGAAGUGUAUUCAACUCCCAGGACACAGUGUAAAUGUAUUAAAUGAUUCCUUCUGGUCAGCGUUUUCUUAGCAACGUUUUUACCGAAUGGGGUUGCUAACCCCAUGCCUAACCGUCACCCCUUAUCGGGGUUUGGGACCGUCAGUAACUCUAGAAGGGUUACAGGCGCAGUUCCGAUGGUCGAUAAAUAGUGCACGAUGUGGAAUUCUUCGGGAAGACAUUCGUAGGACAUGACCAAGCCGUUGAAGUCGAUGUUUCAAGAUAGUGACACAAAUUGGAUUAUCGCAGCUGUGCCCGAACAAAAGAUGCCGAACCUCUGUAUUACUAACAUGCUGUUGCCAUUGGACGUCGGCAAUCCUUCGUAGACAACGAUAAUUAAACACAGAGGGUCGUCUAACAUCCUCAACUCGUAGGGGUCAGGUUUCACAUACAUAGAGUAAAACUGCUUUCACUGACGCGUUGUAGGUUUUACCUUUUGCAGCCAGACUAACAUCACAAAGGCGCCUAAGAUGGUCCAGAUUAGCACAAGUCGUUCUACCUUUCAGUCACGCCACCACCAGCACUUACACAGCUACGCGCAUGCAUGAAUUUUUCAACUACUUCUAUCUGGUAACUACCAAGAGUAAGUUCAGGAACAGGCUUCUGUUAGUCUUGUAAAAUUACUUCGCAUUUAGAAAGUAGAAAGUACACUCCAUAUCUGCGAACACUGAUUGUCGACUGACUAAGCGGAAAUUACAUUGUUUGAGUAAAAUCACACAGUAAGACAAUAUCAUCCUUAUACUCAAGGUCGAGAAGUCUUUCUCCAGGUAACAGAUCUACACCACCAUUACCUACAUCCACCAGAGCUGUUUCCAGAACGUCAUAGAUAUCAAAGUUGGAGAGGAAUGGUGAGGUUGAGGAACCCUGCCUAACCCCACUGCUUGAAUGGAACAACUCAAGGUCAAAAGUCCCUCCAGGUAACACACUGCCAUUCCUACUACGGUUCAUCAUAGCUGUUUCCAGAAUGUUUUGGUGGCAUAGUUGAAAAAGAAUGGUGAGAUUAGACAACCCUGUCUAACUCCACUGUUCGAAUGGAAUAAUAGAGAGUGUUAGUUGCAUGGCCUCACUCUUCCUGAGUUGUCUGUAUACAGGGUUUCUCCAUCAGGCGUGAUUGGGUUGGUGUUCUCUGUGUUAUAUUUGAGGAUCUUGCCUCUUCCCUUGUGCAUGUCGAAACCUACUGAUGCAGAGGCUGCUGCUACAGUGUUUGUCUUGACCAGCCUUUGAUGUGUAUGGGAUAGAAGGGCCAGGUCAUCUGCGCGGUCCAAAUCGUCUAGCUGCAUCCAACCUAUCUAUGUUAUUCCGUGCUUCCCGUCAGUGUGGAGGUCUUCAUAAUUCAGUCAACCACCAGAACAAAGAGAAAAGAGGAGAGUAGGCAGCCUUGUCUGGCUACGGUCCUCAUUCGGAAUGCGUCUGUCAGCUAUCCUCCAUGCACGAUUUUGCACUCUAGUCCGUCAUAUGAAUUCCUCCCAAAUCUUCCUGAGUAGAUUGUGAAGCAUGUUUGCAGUUACUUCUAUAUCUGACUUUAGUGCUUCGUCUGGUAUAUUGUCAGGUCCUGCUGCUUUCCAACUCUUGGUUUAUUUGAUGGUUAUGCUGAUUCCUCCCGUCGGUGGAUUGACAUCUAUAGGAAUGUCUGUGUAUGCUGCUCCGAUGUCCGGUGGAUUUAAUGGAGUAGGUCUAUUCAAGAGUUCUUCGAAGUAUUCCACCUAUCUGUUCCUCUGUUCUUGAAUCUCGGUGAUUGGCUUACCUCCUUUGUCCUUGACCGGUUUCUCUGGUUUACUAUAUUUCCCUGCUAGUUUCUUCGUUGUCUCACAUAGUUAUCUCAUAUUUCCUUUUCUUGAAACUUCUUCCUCUGUCGUUGCUAAGCCUUCCACAUAUUUCUGCUUGUCAGCUCCAAUGAUAUUCACUCUCUUAUUUGUUUGUAUGUAUUUGGCGUGUGCCUUGACUUUCUCUGCUCUUGUUCUACUGUUGUUAAUUGCUAUUUUUCUCCUUUUUUGAAUCUUUUCCCGGGUUUCGAUAGAGAUUCAUACCUUAUUAUAAUGCUUCUUGUGGCCCAGAACCUCCUGACUGUUGAAGUUAGUGCUUCUUUGAUUUCUCCCUAAUUGUCCUCUUUUUUAGGUAGAUCUUGUAAGGCUUAGAACCUCUUGUUAAGUGUUAUCAUGAAGUCGUUGAGUUUGUCUCGAAUGAAGGCUGUAUUGAAACUUUGUAAUGUUGUUUCCCCAGUCGUCAAGUGCUUUUUUAGCUUCAGUUUCACGUUGGCAACCACCAAUUUUUAGUGAUCUGUCAGCUCCUCUCCUGGUUUUCGCACCUUCCAUUGACCUUUUGAAUCUUUUACUGAUGCAAAUAUGAUCUAUCUGGUUCUCCAUGAUGUGGUCCGGUGAGACCCACGUAGCUUUGUGUAUACGUUUGUGUGGGAAUAUUGUACCGCCCAUAACCAAUUUGAUGGAUGAACAUUGAUUCUCAAAUCUCACCAUUUUCGUUCCCUUCUAGUCCAUUUCGUCCCAUGAUAUCUUCAUAACCGUUGUUGUCCAUUCCGACUUUGGCGUUUAGGUCUCCCGUCAGGAUGUUGAAAUCCUUUCUAGGGUACUCCACUAUAUCUGAUUGCAGCCUCUCAUAAAAGUGAACUUAAUCAUCGUCAUUUCUAUCUUUGGUGGGUGCUUAACAUUGGAUAACAUUCCUCGUGAUUUCAUCCUUUGUUUUGAAGGAUACUUUGAUGAUCUUGGGUCCAUGAGACUCCCACCUUAUUAGUGCAUUUUGUGCUUCUUUGGACAGCAUCGAAGCAACUCUCUGAGUGUGUAGGACAUUUUCCUCUUCGUGACCGGAGUACAGUAGCAUCUCUACCGUACGUAGCCCUUGCUUUUCAGCUUGGAUCCAAUGGGUUUCGAUGAUUUCGAGAACCGCCAAGUUAUAUCUCCUCAUUUCCGUUGCUAUUUGACUGCUCCUCCUGGUCUCCCACAUUGCCCAGACGUUCCAUGUAUCUAUAAAAAUUGUUGCUCUGGUUGUUCGAAGAGGCAUCAGCCGAAGAAUCUCGGCUUUCAUCAUGAGGCGUCAUAAUUCUUCCUUCAACUCAGAAGGCAGAGUUUAAAUGUUUUAAUUUGUUUAAUCUGAUUGGCGUUUUUUAGCAAGAUUUUUUUCUGCAGGAUGGGGUUGCCGACCCCAUGCUCAACCCUCCUCCUUUAUCCAGGCUUGGGACCGGCAGUAGCCCUAGAAGAGCUACAGGCUGAGUUGUUUCAUAGGUAGGGCUAACCAUUUAUAAAGACAGUAACGACUAUUGCCUUAUCCCAGGAUAUUAAACACUCUAAUUACAAGACGUUUGUGGAAAACUCAGUUCCUCAACCAGACAGUUAUCACUGUCUCUAAAAAGGGUUUUGGAUGUUGAGUCAUCUGGGCCUGGUGAUUUGUGGCGCUUCGGGAGCUGGAGUUUGCGGACUUGUGCCUCGUAAGGCGAACUAGUUGUCAUCGACCACUCGGUAAACGACAGCCUGAUCGAUAUCGCCGGAGCAGCAGACUAGUUGGACUGUAUGUCUAAAAUACUUCGCCUAUCGUCUAAUACGUUGGUGGGUGUUAUUGAUCAGUGUCUCCAACUUCACAGAUUGUUUCACUCACACCAGGCUUCUUACAGUCAGUAGCUGGGAUGAGUUGGAAGAGCUUCCGGCAGUUGCCAUAUGCAGCUACUGCUUCCAACAUGUUAGCAUGCUCAGACCAUCAGGGUCUUCGGUUCUUACGCAAACAUUGCACAGUUUUUCUUCGUAAGAGUUCGUUUAUGUUCAUACGGUUUGCCCGAGUAGACUGAGGUGUUUCAUUGAACUGUAAGGAACCUGUAGGAACCUACUGCCUAUAGUUGGGACGUUUUGCGGAGCUGCAAACGACGUUUUUCUUUAUUCUCAUUUCAAGUGCUCAUCUAUAUUUCUCGAUAGAUUGAUAGCUAACCUUGAAUCAAGCUCGGUUUGAUAUUUGUCUGGAAUGGAAGCUACGGCCAGUUUACAUACAUCGAUCCGUUUAGGACGAUAAAGUUGUUGGUCUCAGACGCAAGAUAAGAUUAACACAAACGAGAGCAUGAUCAGAGUCUAGAUAAGUAUUUCAAAAAAGGACGGCAGUUUUGUACGCAACCACGCUAGUGGUAGCUGAUCGCGGUGUAGUCAACUUGGGUUCAGGCUUCAGUUGGAGAGGAAGGAUGCUAGACUUUGAAAUACGCCAGCUUGAAUGGUAUACAUACUUUCAGAAAGGGUGGUUCAAAAAUUAUAUUCGGUGGUAGCACUCAACUUUCUACUAGCCACUAGCAUAAGGUCGUUUAUAUAAGACAGGAUUUUCACUGUAGGGGAGCUUCUGUGUUGGUCGGAAAAUAAAAGUAAACAUAGAAUAGAAAUGCUAUGGAAUAGGACUAUAAAUGAUCAUAAUAUGAGUUUGUAUGUAAUUAAGGACUUGCAGUAAUCGUUUAUGUAGGUAUCUAGAGCUAGUAAAAGCGUUUUCGUCAUUGAUAAUUAUAUUUAUCGUUGUGUGUGGGUUAGGAUACUGACCGGGUACCAAGGCCGAAGCUGGUAAUUUUCCUUGGAACCAGCUCACCGAACCUUUAACCUAGAGGUCUAGUCCACAAGGUAGUGUGCUGUGUUAGGAGAUGGAAUCCAAUGGUUGCUGGCUACCAUAAAUAGGUUUAUACUCCACUUAACCUUUCUGGAUCCUGGAGCCCGUGUGCACGGUUGGUUUGGAACUGGAGUUUACCAGAUGACUACGUGGCUCCACCAUAUUCAGAACUCAUCCACGGACUACUCUACUGCUUACAACAGUUAACUAGGAAACGACAAUUAAAGUAAAGGCUUCUGGCGUUCUUGUGUAGUUACCUUGCCAAAAAUAUGCUCCAUGUACGAAGAGUGAUUGCCCACUGAUUGAAAUUAGUUUGGGUUGGAACGUUUUUCUGGUGGUGACAAGUUUACACUGACCUAAACUUCUUGGUUGUGUUUUAUUUUCUUCAUCCAAACCAUCCUCUUGAUCUGCAAAUAUUUACCAUGGCUUAGGAUUUCUCCAUGUUUAUCUCCAGAAUAUUAGUGUGAAAGUUAACGACGAAUGAUGUGGUUGAGGUAAUCUUAUCCUCACCACUUGUUACGAACGACAUAAGUGGUUAAAUCAUCUCACCCUAUUUGUGUAUUCAUGUACAAUUUCCAUAAUCUCAAGAAACGCCCCACACACGACUUUUUUCAACAGGGUUUCAAAACACAAUUACGUCCAAAUAAUUGGAGGCGGUCAUCAUUUCAAAAAACAUAAUAGUUAGCCUGUAUUAACUAUGAUAUUCAAUCAUGGAGUUCAAUGUAUGAACCGUCUGAGUAAACCCUCACAAGUCCGUCAAGCCUUCACAGUCAUAGUAUAAAGAAAACCACUAUACUUGUUAAUUAGUAGUUGAUCUAAAUCCCGAUGACUCUUAUUCUAAGCACAGGAACAUUUACUUGUUAAAUGAGUUACUUGUUCUGACAAACGAAAAUUAUUUGACCGUCUGUUAUAUCAUUACCAUCCUGGCAUUGUUAUUGAGUGCUACCAAUAGACUCUUCAUUUUAUCAAUAUCUUCACCGAACAGGACUAAGUCGUCUGCGUAUUCUAAGUCGAUAAGUGGACCUCCUGGUAGCAGAUUAAUUCCUGAAAAUUCAGAUGACGAGAAAGUCAUCUCCAGCAGUAGGUCUAUGAUGAAAUUGAACAAAAAUGGAGAUAGUGGACAUCCUUGUCGGACAGCACUUGAAAUUGAAAAUUCAGAUGACAGUUUGCCAUAAGCUUUGACUCGACUGGUAGUGUUUCGGCUGUAGGGAGUUUCUGGCAUCUGAAAAACGAAUUUCAAUAUUGCAGUCUUAUAUUUCACCUCAUUCUUAGUUUUCCCAUCAACCUUUACUUCAAAAUUCAGAAAUGAUUCGAUUUGUUUAUUUUACCGUUAGAGUCUUCUGCACUCGAAGAGAAGUGCUAUUUAGGGAUUGCAAAUACAGACCACACGUACUGAACCAAUCAAGUUCGAGUACAUUUAAGUUUUCUUUAACAGUGUAGCAUAAUUUAGGGAUGGUUUUACCUUGGUACAGAAUAUUACAAUGUAACAAUAUUUCACCGCAAUUCACUACAGUCUGAGGUGUUUUCUUGAGUUAUAGCGUGGGUAUGUGUCUGUAUAAUUUCGUUAAAAUGGUUAUAGUGUCGUACGCAGUAUUUAGCUACAGACGCGUUGUGUAUUCGUUGAUUUGUAACCAUCACGAUCAUCUACGAAUUUUAUGGACAGGCUUUUUGAAUGAAUAUGAGGUUUGGGCUGGGAGGACUUUCUACGUUUUGCUAUAGAUCUGAUGGUGCUAGGACGUUAUACGCGAUACUCAUCUCUUUUUAUAACCAGUUGCAUUGUUUACAACAAUGUUUCUUGCUUGAGCGACAUUCUUCACUGUCACAACAUGUUUAUGAAGAUGUUUUCCAGGUGUUGGUUUAUAGGGGUUGACUGGGUAAAUGCUUUGAACUUGUAAUCGUGUACACUACUGGAUUGUCUCGGUUACUACAGCAUCAAUGUGCAAUGUUUGGGGUUUGUCAGUCGUUGGCAUUCCAUAUUAACUAACUAUAGCGUUAUCAAGAGGUCUUAGUUAAUUUCAAACUUGUGGGUAUCUUAAACUCUUGAAGGUUUUAUUCCACAGACAAAAAUGAGACACUUGGAUCGGUCAUGGGCUGUCUUAAAAUGAAGCGUUCGCAUUAUCGUUAGCCUACGUAAAUGAAAAGGUCUUCAGUUUACCGUUUUAUCAACACUACUGGUGUCUUGUAUUCAGAGUAAGGACUAGUUCUUAGAAAUCCAUUUCCUUUACUGUCUCUUUAAGAUUGUGAUCACUUGGCCGAUGUGGCAAUAUCAAGUUUGAGUCCUUUUCAUGUUCUGUGGUACCUGGAGUAUUAGAGCAUCAGAGAUUUAUUAGCGAUUUGUUCUGUUGCCGAUGUAGUUCAGGACUGGGCAACCUGAUUCGGUGUUAUAGCACGUAAUCUCUCUGUCACAGCUGUCGGUGUCGUAUCCUGUUAAAACAUCAACUUGUAAUCUGGGUCAGUCAAAAUUGUUUCUGAAGUAACCGUCACCACUGUCGUAAAUCCCACUGAAACAUAUAAAUUAACACUGUCAUCACAGUUAUAAUCCAAAGACUUCACAAAAUAACACAUUUAUAUAUGGAAUAUUAAACUAAAGAACAAAUAUAUUCAAGAGCCUUUUAAUAAGCAAAUAAUUGGAAAAUAUGAAAAAUAUAUGUCAUUCACUCUACAGUGCAAUUAAUAUCUGACUUUAAACUUAUCUUGUUUCGUUUACCUGUUUUUAAUCACUAUUAUUCCUUGUUUUAAGCUUCAUGAUCUUGAUGUUGUGUUAUAUUGUGUGAUACUUAUCGUGAUGAUCAUGUGCGAAGUUGUCCGGAUAGUUACUACUGUAAUCUGUUUUUUUCCCAAAGUUUUGUUCUUCGGUUAGAUAUGUGCUUAGAAAUAAUAGAGAAGUAUUAAGCUAUGUCUGAACCCUCUCGAAUUCAUGCGAAACUGUACAUUGUUAGGUGAAAUUUGGUAAGAAACUGUCCAUCCUUUUCGGGUUAAAUGAAGGAAUCGGUAUUUAGGUAUAAAAUUUUUUAGAAAGGUAAAUGACACCAAAUUGUUACACUUUGUAAAAUACUUGUUAUUGAUCUUAUCGUUGAUUGUUUACUUGCUUUCUAUUGCCAGACUGAGAUAAACCAAAAUCACAAACUCUAAAAGUUUAUAUGUUUGUUCGUUAUUUUUAGUGAACUUACUCUACAUUUUAUACCAUCAUACACUUUCCCUCUUUAUGAGUUAGGUAAUCUCAACAGCAAUAACUUUAUAAUAUAUGUGUAUCACUUAGCUGUUUGUUAGUAUCUUUUACUACCUAGUAACACCAAGUUUGCGUGCCACGAUGUACAAAAUGUGUGGAGACUCAUCUGACCCUGUCGACAUACUCAUACCCUUAUACGUAAGUACAUCAUGUACUGUGCAUCUUUGAAAUGCAAAUUACUUUUGAAAGAUUGAAAGGAAUCCGUGCCGCAUUCAUUCUUUUUAGGUAACUUGUUAGAAAUAGUCGGGAAGUUCAUGUAUCUGGGUAGUGUUAUCAGAGAGGAUGGCGGCAUGACAAACGAAACCGAUAUACGUAUAGUGAAAGCCAGAAUGGCUUAUACCAAUUUGGAAAGUCUUUGGCAACGCUGUGAUAUUAGUCUGGCUGUAUAUAACCGGGUUUACAACCCGUGGGUAAGAGCGUUUCUGCUCCAUGCUUGUGAAAACUAGCGUUUGGCGACUCCAUUUAAUCAUCCUUAUCUCCAAAAGGAUUGCUCAUAUCCAUUGUCAACACUAUGUUAGUAACGUUAAGGUUCAGCACUUUGUGUUCAAACCCAGUGGCGAUAAUUCAGUUCAAAUUACCAUCUCGAAACACCGACUUCAAUGGCUUGGGGAUGUGUUACUAUUGUCAUCCCAUUGAUUUCCACAUCGUUCAUCAUUUAACAAAUCUGGGACUGGGCGAAAAAAGUAAGGAAGUGAUUAGUUUUUGACAUGGUGCCUUUGCAUUAAAUAUUCCUGACAUCUAUUGGUCCAUUGCGGUUUUUGAUGCUAUCAGAUAUAAUUCAAAAUAGAAUGCAGUGGCUGUGUUGUUGUAGUUUUCUGGUGAAUGUUUGAGAAAAAUAGGAUGAACUCUGUUAACUAGAAGAAGACUUUCUUGACUACAUUCUUAGCUGAACGGUACCAAAUACUAUUCCUCUUCAACUAUUUAUUGAUUCUGCCAUCCUUCUCUUCUCUAUUUUUUCACAAUAUCACCACUUCAUUUGUAUAGCGCAUUUUUUUAAAUGUAGUGAACCAUAACCUACGUGUUUUAAAUAAAUGAUAUAUAGACUAGUUCAUAGUAUACAUACCAUUACUUUUACUAAUUACACAAAUUCAAAUUGUUUUAUUUUUUUAGAAUUUUAACAUUGUCUUUAAAUCGAUAUCUUAAGGUUUAUUAAAUUAUUCUGCUAAACUUACCAGUUCAUAAAAAAUGAGUAAUUAGCUACUGAACAUAAAUCAUAGUGAAAAUGCAUUCAAAGUUCAUAAAGUAAUGCAGCAAAAAUGUGUUCAAAGUCGACUUUAUAUUCAUCUUAAAUCAAUAUUGAUUUUCCUCCUUAUAAGUUAUAUUUGGAGAUUCAACAUCCUCAAUAAAUCCAUAUACAUGUUGCUUCCUUUCCUUUUUUUUUUAUAACUACGUGAAAGAAUAUUCUUGGCUUUUUUCAUCUUUAUUGAUACUCGUAUUUUCCAUAUGUGUUUCAAGAUAUUCAUAUGUUUAUAUUUUAGGUGGUUGGGUUCUAAGCGUUUCAUUUUCGGCAGAUGGAAACAAAUUAGCAUGGACUAAGCAUAAUUCAACAAUUUUUGUAGCUGAUGCAAGUAUCAGUGCCACACCUAUUGUUACACGUUUACGAACUGAUUUCUUACCUUUCGUCAGUUGCAUUUGGAUUGGACCAUCAACUUUUGUAGCAGGUGGUUACGACUGUUGUCCUAUGCUGUUUAGAUAUAAUGACCAAUCGAUCAGUUUUGUUCACCAGUUGGAUACUAAGAGUGAAUCUCGAUAUGGUGGAAAGGUAACAGCUAUGAAGAAAUUUCAAGAUAUUGAUCGCAUGGCUACAGCUGAUAAUACUAGCUCUCGUUUACCGACGAUUCAUCAAAACUGCAUUAAGUAAGUUCAGUUGAUUGCUGUUCUUCAUUUUUAUUUUAUGUUAAGGUUACUCUUGAGUGAACAGCAGCAUAGCGUUAUACAUACAGCCAUGUCACCAUGCCAAACCACCGCAUAAUUCGAUGGGUGAUAUUGUCUAGUGUGGUAAUAGGCUAGUAGAAAGUUAGGGGCAGCCAAACUAGGAUGUAACAUCAGUCCAUAAGGUCACUAGCAAUUGAAAUGAGCCGUACAUUUAGGUGCAUACAACUUGGUUGGGUCCGCUCGGAUUUUGUAACCAGUGAUUGGAAACUGAGUGACGUGAAUCAGAAUUUUCCCCAAUGAGGAGUGUGGAUUCGCUCGUUAUUUCCCCUUAGAUCUUGGGUUUCUAAGUUAUCUUGUGAUUUUCUUUCGUUCCACAAACCCAAAUUUCCCCCUAGAAUCAUAUCUUCUACUCCUGGACUUCUAUACUACUACUGGUACUGUCAAUACUUCUACUUUUCUGUGAUUUAUUUCACUUCACUUUGCUACUUUGGAUUAAUUUCACUUCACUUUGCUAAUUUGGUGUGGCAACUCGAACCGAUUCACAUAUAUGCUAGGUUUCAUGUUGCAUAUGACUGGUUGCUUGAAGUUUGCAUGGUGGUAGUGUUACAUCUUUGAUCUGUUUACCCAUUGAUAUACAGAAGGUAACUUGUCUCAAUCUAGAUUAAAGCCUUGAUACGAUAGGCCUAAUGGUUCAACCUUGAGGCUAGAAUCACGUGAGUUGGAAGUGAGACCAACUACCUUGGGUAGAGAGACGGAAACUGUUCUAUCACCUGAUUAAUUGCCAAGUGAGAGAAGACGAGUCAGCUGGAACACUAUUCAUUUUCCCGAUUCCGAUUCACACUCCGGUUCAGGUACAUGAAUAAUAUAUAUGACUAACAUGACCACAACGCACAAACAAUUAGAAAAUACAAUUAUGUUCAAAACUAGGCAUUAAAGUAGAAAAAUAGAGUACUAAAGAUUACGUUUAAGUUAUAAUAACUUUGGAACAAAAAAGGGUACGACAGUGAAUCAUACAUCAAACGAAAGCCUUUAGUUUGUAAAAUGAACUAGGGACAAAACUGAAUGUUAGUAUUUUGCAAGCUUUGAAGUAAGUGAAAGGACUUCCUCAAAAGUAGCUUCCGUUGUUUGUCAUGGCUUUUUUGUUUCCCAUACCACAUUACCACAACGAAAUAAAAUCAACGAGUUAAAUAGCAGGAGUCGAAAUAAUGCAGUGGGAAAUAUAGUGAGAAAGACUAAACAUUUAAGUAGUUCGAAGAGAUAUUUGUAAGUAGGCUGAUUAAAGGCUAGUAAAGGGUAAAUAAAUAGCACUCAUUUUUUAUCUGCAGUUUCAAUAGAGCAGAGAUUCGGAUGCUUUUUUGUCAGAAUGAAUUGUCAAGCGUCAGUAAAUAAACUGACUCAAGUACACUCCCCAAUCUGAACCUUACAAAAAAUAUAAAUCGACUUCGUUUCAUUUUUGGUUGGGAUUAACCAAGAUCUUUAGCCGCUUAUCUGUGUUAUUUUAAUUUCUCAUUCUUUUGAGCUUUCAUUUUUUCAAGACAAGAACAAGAAGUUAUAGAUAUCACGAAAACAGUGACAUGUCUCAUUUGGUUUUAUGCAAAGCUUUUCAUUUUCUUAGUUUGAUCGAAUAUAAGUUGUUACAUUUAUAAACUUGUCACCUAAAUUUCACACCUAAUUUACAUAGGUUUCAAAACUUUUUUAUGACUCGUUAAACUUUUAUUUUUUUGUCUACUCAAAACUUCAGUGAAAUUCGAAUUCUUAAAGGUGAUCGUUCAAUGGCUUCAGAACUCAGUUCAGUCGGUCGAGAUGGUAAUCUCGUAUUGUGGAACUUUCCAACACUAUCUGAACAAAUUGCAGAUUUAAAGAUAGUUUGAUGUGUCUCGGUAAUUCCCUUAGUCAGGAGAUUUGUACGUUUAUGUCAAACUCAGUUACAAUUUAUAUUGUGAUCACUGCGAAUGACCGCAUAAUUACCGUCAUCUUUCUUACUAAUGAUUUUCACAAUUUGUGUGUAAACUAAAUAUUUUAUAAUCAUUUUACCUAAUUGUUCAGAAACAGUUUUUCUUUCUUUCAAUUAUGUGGGUAUGUGUAUUUGUGUCUAUCUUUAUGUAAAUGUAAAGAACACACUAAAAGAGAGUGUAUUUUACGCCUCCGUAUAACAGUAUCCUAUUGAGGGACGGGCUGAGAAAAUCAUAGUCUGUUGGCAUUACCUUUUCCCUCAUGAUGCUUUCAUUCAUUUUCCAAAAAUCAGUACUUUUAAUAUGUGCGGAAUGGUUAAUGUUAGUUUGAGAUCUUUGAUUUAUCUUACUUG